AUGAAGCUGCAAUUGCUGACAGCGAGUCUGCUGCUGUUGCAGGCCUCCAACUCUAAUAUCAACGUCAACGCCAACGCUGUUGGUAUCAAUCCACAGCGCGACAUCCAAGAAUCACCCAAUACCAACACAAGACUCUUCCCCUAUCUCACUAAACUCCGCGACAAAGCUAUCGAGUCCAUAUUUGGACGCAAGCCAAACCAAGACGCAACCCCGCCACCCGUUCCCAAUCAGUUACGCGCGCAAUACAUCAAACAACUCGUCCUUCGUUUCAAUGUCACACAUUCCCACGAGGAAGGCGCCCUCGCCGAUGCCGCCGCACGUCUGUUCCUCGAUGUUUGGGCUUUCACCGAUGACUAUGUAGACAUCCGACUGCAUGCUGACGAGGUUCGGCCUCUGCUCAGUCUGCUACCCAAGACGCUGCAUACAUCGCACUCGAUUUUAAUCCCGGACUUGGCUACGGCUGUCUAUAACUCACUACCGACCGGAGGAAAUCCCGCGUAUACAGAUCCGAAAACGUUUGCUCCAGUGGUCAAAAUCGCUUCUUCGCCUGGAGACAACCUCUUUUUCCAAGACUACCAAUCCCUACCAGUAAUCAUGCGCUGGAUGCGACUGCUCGAAGCCAUGUUUCCUUCCUAUGUCAAAUAUAUCAACGUCGGAAAGUCAUACGAAGGCCGCGAUAUUCCUGCUUUGCGUGUGGGGAUUUCUCAUACCGUCCCGGAUGCGCCUCGACGAAAAACUAUUAUGAUCAUGGGCGGCUCCCACGCCCGAGAGUGGAUAUCUACUAGCACCGUCAACUAUCUGGCAUGGUCUUUUAUCACCAGCUACGGCAAGGAACGGAUGAUUACAAAGUUGCUAGACGAUUUCGACCUGAUCUUCCUCCCAGUUGCCAACCCUGAUGGUUUCGAGUACACUUGGCAUGUUGAUCGACUAUGGCGCAAGACUCGGCAACAAACCAACCUCCAAUUCUGCCGCGGGCUAGAUCUUGACCGUGCUUACGGGUACGAAUGGGACGGCUCCCGGGUUCAGCGAGAUCCGUGCUCUGAGAGUUAUGGAGGAGAGAAGCCAUUCCAGGCCGUCGAGGCGGUUCAGAUAGCCGACUGGGCACGUAAUCAGACCUGGAACAACAAUGUUCGAUUUGUUGGUUUGGUUGAUCUUCAUUCAUAUUCCCAGCAAAUUCUCUACCCUUAUUCCUUCACCUGCUCCUUGGAUCCGCCCAACUUGGAGAACUUGGAAGAGCUCGCUGCAGGUAUUGCGAAAUCGAUACGGCUAUCGAACGGAGAAAGUUAUACGGUAUCAUCAGCUUGUGAGGGUGCCGUAUCCGCACGCGAAUUCAGUGGUGGUCGAUAUUGGUCUCGAAUCGAAUCUGGUGGUGGAUCGGCAGUUGACUGGUUCUAUCAUGAGAUGCGAGCUCACUACAGCUACCAAAUCAAGCUUCGAGAUACUGGCAGCUACGGAUUUUUGCUCCCCAAAGAGCACAUUGUCCCAACUGGUGAAGAAAUCUUCAACGCGAUGAAGUAUUACGGUGACUACCUCUUGGGUAACAAUGGUAUUGAAUGGUUCCCCGAGGCUAGAAAGGACGACGAUUUCAAGAUAAAUCAACAACAACCUGUUCAAGCCGCUGAGGAUGACACGGCAAUGAACCAAGAACUCAGAAGGAGGAGAAUGAGAAAAUGA